ACACGCUAGAACAUUCCCUCCACGUUGCCUCGCUUGGUUUUCCCUUCAUGUUAAAAAAACAAACAAACAAACAAACACACCAAAAAAAGCGGCACAUUCAGCCGAACGUAUUUUGGGGGCCAACUUGGUUUUGGACGUCGCGCGAAUGCGGAUAUUUAUUCGAGCAGUUUCGCCGCCAACAAUUAGCAGCUAGCACUGAAAGCGCGCUGGUCGGCGCGCAAGUGUCGACUUCUUGUCGGUGUGUGAACGUUGCCGAGCGUAUUUUGCGUCUGUGGCCAAACGCUGGCGAAAUGUUCGAAUGUAGGCCAGCCAGCUCCAAGCAGGCCUCCGACUUGUUUAUCUUCAGCCUCAACCCACCUUGAAGCGAGCUCGUCGGUGAGAAAGAGCGACGGCGAGCUCGGCCAAUGGGAUGAGCGCGGGGGCGGGCCUCCGCCGCGCCUCGCCCAAUGGAAAAGGGACCUCGCGUGGGUGUGGGCGCCGUGGCGGUAGGUUGAGGCUUUGUUUUGCUCCUGCGAGGGUGUGAGCGACACACCAUCUUACGGUGGCCUUGGAAAACGUCCACCACCCUUUUUUUUAAAAAAAAUUGCUUCCGUCGUUGUCAAACUCUUGGCUAAAUAUCGUCCCGUGUCUUGGACGGGGCAAGUCCGUCGCCCAAUCGUCGCGCGCUUCCAGCGAGAUUCACCCCAUCGGCGCGGGUCCGCCGCUGUCAAAGUCGCGUCGGCCGAGGCGUGAUGGGCACGCGCCUUCUAACCGGACGGGCGACCCCCGUUUCUGGCGGGGGUUACCUUCCCAAAGGCCCCCGCGAUAGGUGAAAUCCAUGAAGCGGACUCGGCAAACCAUUCGGGAUGACAACGGCGACGACAAUGCCAUCCUUUUGCUGAAAAUAUCGCCUCAAAGUAGGUGGCGCGGAAUCCCGACAGCGAGUCUCCCCCCGUUUCCCCCGCCCUUCGACCGUCCUCGCGCCGCUGGGACCGGACCCCGGGCCCAGAGGUUCCCCGCCGCUGGAGCGCUAAGCGGCCCCUUGCGAUGCCUCAGCCCAGCGUGAGUGGGAUGGAGCCUCCCUUUGGGGACGACUUUCAGCACUUCUUCUCAGCGGAGCAGGCGCUGACCAGCACCGAGCUGCUCGCCAACACCUGCGACCCCGACUUCAUGUACGAGCUGGACAGGGACACGAGUCAGCGACAGAGUCCGUACGCCGAGGGCCCGGUGGGCGCGGCCGACGGCGCCAAGGACGGCGACGCCGAGCAGCGGCUGCUGACGGGGCUGGGAGAGGGCGAGGCGGCGCCCGGCGGCUGCGCCUUUGAGCAGUGGGACUCGUACUGGGAGGACCUGACCAGGUACACGCGCCUGGCCAGCUGCGACAUCUGGGGCACCAAGGAGGUGGACUUCCUGGGCUUGGACGACUUCUCCAGCCCGUACCAGGACGAGGAGGUGAUCGGUCGGACGCCCACCCUGGCCCAGCUCAAUGGCGAGGACUCGCAGCCCGUCUGCGAGGCCCUGUACCCCCCGAGCGAGCCCGGGCCGCCCGGCCCGCAGCCGCCGCCGCCGAUGAUGACCCCCGCCAAGCGAGCGCCGCUCCCGGCGUCGGGGGCCGGCCUCCCCCGGCCAUCGGUCGGCCGCGCCUCCUCGUCCCGCCCCUCCGACGGCCUCCUGCCGGACUUCCCCGAAGGCUUCCAAAAGGCCACUCGGCCGGUGCCGUCCAGCACCGACAGCGUGGCCGAGACCCAGGCCCGCCGGCGCCCCGCCCCCGAGAUGGCGGCCGACGCGGACUUUGCCAGCGAGGCCUCUGCGCGCCCGAGCGCCCCCCAAGUGGGGGCCGACGGCCGCUCGCGGAGCCGUUUGGAGAGGGCGGAUGCGCCCCCGCGCCGCCGCGAGUCGGCGUCGGCGCCCCCCGCCAGCCGCGACUUCGAGGGCGCCCCUGCUCCGGAAGGCGCCGGCCCCGCGGCCCCCGGCUCGGAGCGCGACGCCCCCGCCCCCGUCCGGGAGGAGGUGGCGGAGGAGGAGAAGAGCAAAGAGGAAGAGCACAACUACUCGUUGUUCCUCACGCAAAGCCGCCUGGCCGGCAGGAGCCUCCCGCGGCUGGACGAGGAGGACGAAGACGAAGACGACGACGACGAGGACGAGGACGAGGAGGACGACGAGGGCGAAGAAGACCACGACGAAGGCUUCGGCAGCGAGCGCGAGCUGUCGGACAACGAGGACGAGGACGAAGACUACGAGGCCGACAAGGACGACGACAUGAGCGACGCCUUCUCCGAGCCCGGCCGCGACGCCUCCCGGCCGGAGGAAGCGGAGGGCUCGACGUCGAGCCGCAAGCGGGGCAAGCGCCGCUACUUCUGGGAGUACAGCGAGCAGCUGACGCCGUCCAAGCAGGAGCGCCUGCUCAAGCCGUCCGAGUGGGACCGCCGCACGCUGCCCAGCAACCUGUACCAGAAGAACGGCCCCCCGCACGGCAAGUACGCGCUGAAGAAGUCUCGGCGCACCGACGUGGAGGACUUGACGCCCAACCCCCGCAAGCUCCUGCAGAUCGGCAGUGAGCUGCGCAAGCUCAACAAGGUGAUCGGCGACCUGACGCCCGUCAGCGAGCUGCCGCUCACCGCCAGGCCGUGGUCGCGCAAGGAAAAGAACAAGCUGGCCUCCAGGGCGUGCCGGCUGAAGAAGAAGGCGCAAUACGAAGCCAACAAAGUCAAGCUGUGGGGCCUCAGCACCGAGUACGAUCGCCUGCUGUUUGUCAUCAACGCCAUCAAGGAGGAGAUCGUGAGCCGCGCCGACAACCCGUCUGCCGGCGCCGGCGGCAUGAGCGACACGCUGGACACAAUCAUGCGGGACAAGCUCGUGUCGCCCCCCAUCGCCGGGCAGACUUCGGACUUUGUCAACAAGAUCUUGGAGAACACGGGAUCCGGCGACCCCACCGGCGGGCUGCUGGGCCUGCGGGUGCCCACCUCCAAAAUGUAGCGGGCCGGCAGCGGCGGUCCCGCCUCGCCCAUCCCCUCCCCCCCCUUCUCAGUUUUGCAUGCCCCUCCCGCCUGGCGUCCGCGUCAUUGCGUGCCCCCGCCCCCAAAGGAUCCCGUCGCCGCCGCGUUCCGAGCGGAACGGCAAGUAGUUUGGUGCUAGUCUCACGCGGGCGAGGCCGUCGGGUUGUCGGGCCGCCGGCAAGAAGGUGAAGCUGAGGAUGGCCCCGCCCCCUCCUUGUACAGUCAACGCCAGUGGGCUCACGCUAGUGUUCCGAGUGAUCUGAUUCUAUUCAUCGUGCCUUGUGUGUGUGGACGGAGAUGUUGCGACGCGUUUGAGGUUCUGGCGAAUGUGUGUAAAUAGGAGCGCUCUGCUUGCGCCAUGCCACAGAGUCGGUGCAUGCGUGUGCGACGGAUGAGAGUUGCGCGUGGGUACGCUCCGGGUGGGCCGGACCGAGAGCUAUUUUUCUGUUACAAAGGAGUAUUUGCACACUAUUGAUCUAUUUUCAUUGAUUGUUUUGUACCAAAGACACAUGCAACAAAAUGGCCAGGCGGCCAGGCAAAGUAAGGUUUUGCACAGCUUACGUGACACCGUAUUGAAUGUAGAUGUGGGGCGAGGGUGGGGGGGGGGGGGUCGUCUGAGGAACCCCGACGGAACUGUGACGCGCGCUCGUUGGGUCCACAAACAAAACAUUUCUUUUGGCUUCAUGUUACGAGCCCACUGGCGAAGUGCGCCAACGCCACAAAUUAUUCCCCAAGGGAUUCUCAUUGCGAGUUUGAAAAUGCACUAUUCUGCCUUUUAAUCUGGAAAAAAUGCCUUGAUUCUCUCCCCCAAAAGAGGCCCGUUUCAUGGGAAACUUUUGCAAUGGGGGCAGGGGGGGGUAUCGGAGGUUUGGCUUUGCUCGGCGCAGCCUUGAACGGAAUGUAGUGACGGAGAGGGAGGGGGGCGGGGCUCCAAAGGUUUGCUAUUUUUCCCGGUGAGCUUGCAUGUGAAGAAGGGAACUUGGUGCUCUUCAGGAACGACCAUCCUAGAUUCCUCGUUAACUCGCUCUCCUCUCCCGUCCGUUUCCACUUUUUGUAAAUAGUUACAGAGUGUGCUCGCUAGCCACACUAUACAAGACGAUAUCGACACAAAAAGACAUUUAUAUAUAAAUAGAGAUCUAUAUCGAGAGAGAGAGAGAGAGAUACACACACACGUGUCAAAAGUACUCUAUAUAUCUUUAUGUUGAACACAAUUGCACUUUGUCCAAAAAAGAAAAAAAAAUCUGAAAACAAAAAGCAUUUUUCUUCCAUUUGCUGCUACAAAAAAAAAACAAACAAAAAACCACACAAAACAAAAGAAGGCCUGGUGCGAAUGCUGCAAGUGUACUUGAGCGCCGCCGCCCUCCGCGAGUCGGAUCGGCGCGGGCCGCCGUCCGCAUUUGCGGCUCGGGCGCCGUCUCGCGACCCGGCGCCCGGGCGCCGUCGGGUCCCUUCCGUGGCGCGCGCCGUCACGGUCGGCGACCCGACCUUGCGCGGCGCCGUCCCAAAGCCCGAGCGCGGCGGGCCCUUUGCCUUGAGAUGAGAUUUCCUAUGGAAAAGUAAUUGAUUGUUCUUUGACUUUCUUCAGGGUGAUGUACAGCCUAGAGAGCUAUAUUGUUAGCGUUUGUAAACUGAUUUCUACUUGUGACUUCAUGAGAGGGCGGGGCUUCGAAGUUCUAUAUCACUGUACUGUAUAUGGCACGCCAACCACCCAGACUCAAUUUGGACUUUAUGGCCUUCUCUUCGACCACUUUGACAUCUACUCCAUAAGACGGGUGGCCGGCCGGCGCACCCGGGGGGGCGGGUUGCGUCCCCCCCCCCCCGGGUGGGCCGGCCGCCCGCCGCAUCCGGUCAAUGUCCACCCACUCGGCCUGAUAGGCUCCGAACCACCUUGACUGAAGUAGCAAACUUUGUCCGUUCUGUGGGUGCGGGUGUGCGUGCGUGUGCGUGUGUGUGGGAGAGAUCGGUCACCCGCCGGCUGACGGCACGUGCGCGUGUGUGUUGGGACAAGAUGGGAACUCUGUGGCAUUUUUUCCAGUCGAGGAAAAGAAAGUAGAGAGAAUUCCCGCCAGUAAAUGUUCUUUUCUUUGGAGGCGUUAACGUGUGCUACUUUGUCAAAUAAUAAACGUGGAUGCUGAAGCU